CUUUGGGCGUUUAGCUGAACAAAGGACUGAAAGAAGCUGCCGGUGGAAGAACGCCAACUCCCGUCUCCAAGUCCUAUCUGCUAAAUCGCCACUCGCCGACCCCCCGACCGCCGACGCUUGGACGACUACCGGUUUCCGCCCAGCCCCUUAUCUGCUUCUCAAUCCAGCAGUCGUCGCUCCUCUGCCUUCUGGAGUUCUACUGCUGCGGUGCCACCGUGUCAGUGGUGUGCUUCCGCCUUCUGGCCUACUGCCUGCUGCGCUUCAUCCAUUCAGCAAUUCGGCCCUUUCCCUUUUCACCUUCAGGCUCCAGAUAUUCUCGGGCGCAAUGCCGCAAUCGGCAAUCUAAGUUGGGAAGGCAUCGACACAUCACAUCACAUAUUCAGUAAUCUAACUCACGCACAGACGCACUCCCCUGUGAAUAGCGCUAAUCGGCAAAAAAAACAAACAAACGAUGAAACAGCCAAACCCCGAAUCUUUCUGACUUCGUCAAUCGCUGGUCCGUUCGUUGGCUUGCUCUUCGCCGACUUCGUCAAAUCAGCAGGUCGCACACUCGCACUGUCGCAACGCUCCAAUUUUGCUCUUCGCUUGGCCGCCUUGCCGCCGUCGCCGAAUCGGCAGUUACUUCACUUACGCUCGCUAAAACACGGUUUCUAAGCCUUGAUCGUAUAACUUCAACCAAUUCAUUCUCAUAUUGCUGCACAUCCGCUCCAGUCAUAUUCUUUGGCCUUCUGGUCCUCUACAAACAAGUCCAUGGGGAUGAUAAUAUCAAAUGUCAUGGGAACCUCAAAUUUCAACUUUGGGGAAUUAAAUUCUGCAUUCAGAAUUGAGAAAGGCUGAAUGUAAACCUUUGUUGGUUUUGUAUUCUUUACUUUUUCACUUGGAUGGCUGCAGCAAAUGUGUAUACGUUUAUAUAAGUUUGUUCUGAUUAACGGUAAGUGUUUGAAGUAAUCCUCUCUUCAUCAAAACCGUAUGCAUCAAUAAAGAGGAGAGAUGUGCAAUUGGUUUCAAUGAGAAACUGGUUAAGCCUCAAUAAAUUCAUUACUACUUUAAUAAGAAUAAGAUUUAGCAGGUUACAAUUUCA